GGCCGGAGGGCUGUUUUCCAUGCUGUCCCUGUGUCUGCCGCAGGAGAAUGGCGCCCAACGCCACGUUCGCUCCCCGCCCGGCCGCCGCCGCGCCCGAGCGACUGCUCCGCCCCGUCUUUGCCGGGCUCUGCGGGGCCGUCCUGCUGGCGGGGCUGCUGGCCAACGGGCUCCUGCUGCUGGUGGUGGGCCGGGGCCCCGGCGCCCGCUCCCCGCUCCUCGCGCUGACCAACAGCCUCAUGGUGAACGUCACACUGUCCGACCUGCUCUUCCUGGGCUGCGUGGUGCCCGUGCUGCUGCUGAGCUUCCUGCGGCACGACUGGUGGCUGGGCCCUGCCAUCUGCACCACCAGCCAGGCCGCCAACACGGCCACCAUGUUCUGCACCUUCUACAGCAUGGUGGCCACAGCUCUUCUGCGCCACGUGGCUGUGGCCCGGCCUGACGUGGGCCUACCAGCCGGCCGGGGCACCCGCUUGCUGCUCUGUGGGGCCAUGUGGGGCCUGGGCCUCGCCGCCUCCCUGCCCAACUGGCUGUUCCAGCGGGUGGCGGUGGAGGAGGGGACGGCGGGGGCCCCCACCACCCGGGCCUGCCUCCUGCUCCUGAGCCCCGCUCAGACCUCCUGCUACUUCGCCCUGCUGGGAGCGCUGGCCUUCCUGCCCUGCCUGCUGGGGCUGGGCUGCUCCUUCAGCCACGUGCGCUGGCUCCUGUGGACGCGGCCGCGAGGUCCCACGGGGGAGAGCGCCCGGGAGCACCAAGAGAACACAGGGCUCAUCCUGGUGGUGCUGCUGGUGUUCGUGCUGAUGUGGGGCCCCUGCUCCGUGCUGGGCUAUGCGGCGGCCGUGGGCCUCCUGCCCGCCACGCCCCAGGCGUUUGUGGCCUCCAGCCUCUCCUCCAUCCUGGCCGCCUCCAACUGUGCCGUCAGCCCCGUCCUCUGCUUCUGCCUCUCCCGCCCCUUCCGGGCAGGGCUCAGGGACCUCUUCUGCAGGCUGCUGACAGCCAGGCGUCCCAGAGGUGUGGGAGGGGCAGCCACGGGGCUGCAGAGCGUCCAGCCUGGCCAGGAGAGGGCCCCGGGAGGCCCACGGGGCCCGGUGGGCGUCUGAGAGGCCAGGGUGAUGGGAGGGCUGAGUUUCCAGGGAGAUGGAAAGACCCUCGGUGACCUUAGAGCCCCCCACCCUGUAUUGUACCUAUGGGGACACUGAGACCCACAGAGGGCAGACCGCCCCACAGCAAUGGCACGGCUCAGCCAGGGCUCAAUCUGCAGAUAACCGGGUCCUCCCCCCACUCUACCCUGAGGGUCAGAGACCUUUAGGAUCUACUGUUUUCUAGUUGUGUGAUCUUGAGCAAAGCCCUUAACCUCUCUGUGCCUCAGUUUUCUCGUCUGGAAAAUGGGACAAUGGUUAUAUGCACCUUCUUCACACGGAUGUUAUAAAUUCACUAAACACAAGUAGGGUGCUUAGAAGAGUGUCUGGUGCUCAGUACGUACAUGGGCACGUUGGUCAUAGCUACUGUUAUUGUUUUUAUUAAUUCAGGGGCAUUCGAGGUGAGUGGAUGAGAGGGUGGUGGGGGGGCUUCCAAAGGCAGAGGAAUGAUCUGGGCGCUGCAGCCCGAGGCCCUCCCUUCCGAAGG